AUGCUUGGACCGUGUACUCCGGUUCGCAUGAAUGGUAGGGCCGCCACGGAGGACGCUUGCGCAGCAGCAGCCGCAUCCAGGUUGGCCUCUGGUGCGACGGCUCGGCUGCUGUCAGCAUGGCAGGGCGUUUGCCAGCGACGCGCUCGCCUUCGGCGACGGUACGGCCGGCUGGUGGCUUUGUCCUUGGAGGUGCAGGAUGCGGCCUGUGCGCACGUCAUACCGGAAGACAUGAACUUGGCUGACAUUGACACUAGGUUUGCAGCUAGAUUGGCCGCCGCCUGCUAUGCGCCAGAGGACGGCACCGUCGGCUCCGGGCUUGGCACAAGGAAUAACGACAAAGACCGGAAUUCGGGUGACGGCAGCAAGGAGCGGGGCUACGCUGUCAGCCUGAACGUGCCGUAUGGCCUGGUUCAUGCGAACGGCUGGGGCGCCAUUGCCGCAAGCCACCGUCGUUACUGUAGCGCUGCCGCUGUCAACGAGGGCCGGCUCAUGCUGGGGCAGCCUUCGUUCUCGGAGCAUCAGCAUCAGCACCUCCAACAGCAGCAGGUGAUACAGCAGCUUACAAUACAGCCACCUGCUCCUCCACAGCAGAAAAAAGCAGUCGGCUUUCUUCGGCCAUUUAGUGCUGCAAGGAACAAUGAAGUGCUGCGUCUUGGUCCUGAGCCGCUGGAAGAGGUAGCUCAGGCGCCAGGAGCGAAGGAUUGGAAAACAUUUGUGGCAGGCUGGCUUGCCGAUGAGGAGGAAGCACCGGCAGCUGUUGAUGGUCCAAACGGCCGUGUGACGCUGGGCAUGAACAGCGCAUUAGCAGAGCUAGCCGGCGACACGCCGGGGCCUACCGAAGCUCCGGUGCACCCCGCUGCGGCGGCCAUUCCCAAGUCUGCCUUCAAAAAGUCAGCCAUGCGUGGCGUUUCGGCAUUACCGAAGCGCACCAAGUCAGCGAUGCGUCGCCCAGGGGCUACUUCAGCUCAUUCGCACGCCAGCGAGGAGGCUAAGAAGGACGAUGGCGAAAAAGACGAUGACGAUGACGAUUCCUUGCCCACUGAAAAGGGCAUUAUAAAGAAAAAGAAGAAGAAAAAGAAGGAACGGGACCGCAAGAACCCGUUCGUGAUGCCUGCACUUCACACGUUCGCAUUUGAGAACUUGGUGCACAAUAUCGUGUGGCGCGUGGGGCGAAACUUCGGAUUUCAGGCGUUUAACAUCAACCCCCGGACAAGAAAUCGGCUUCUAGUGAAGAACUACUUUAUCCGGCGCGACAAGGGCGAGGACGAACGCCAGGAAGAGCGUUUUGCUAAAGCAGUCUUUGAGCUGCACACGACAAUCUUUUACUCCUACGAGGAGUACUGGACGCACAUGCACGGGCUGUCCAUACGGCCCAUGAUUAUGCAGGAGCUGCUGAACAAGCGCCGCUACUGCGAUGAGGCGGUCGUGUGCGGACUCUUGACCGAACUGGCGCUGUACUUUUUAAUCUACACGGAGUCGUCGUCCAUGCGCCACACGCCGGAACUGUUGUGGUUCCUGUACUGGUGCAUGAACCACAGCUAUGUGAUGCAGGACAUGUGGACUCGCGACCCGCCCGAGAACUUCCCGAACAUUCGGGAGAUCCGCAUCGGCCUGCGUAACAAGCACCAGCAGCUGAUUCGUGAGUUGCAGAACACGCUGGGCAUUUACCCCGACCGCAUCAGGCCCGAGGACUGCGGCCGGCUGGCGCCCAUCAUGUCGCGUCUCAAGGGCAGCGAUGUGCCGGAUGACCAGCGAAUCAUCAUUGCGGACCUCAUCGCCUUUGGUGAUGGCAACUUUUACUACGAGCGCAUUGUGACGCCCAUCUUUUAUGUCAUCAGCUACGAGAUCGACCACCUGUCCAACCUGGGUGUGGAGGUGGCGCACCGACUGGGGUAUGAUGACAUCAACGAGAGUAUGGCACACACGGGUGUGGUGCGUCUAGCGCUGCGGGACCUGCGCGUGCGCGGCGAUCAGAUCGUGCGCGGCGAGGUCAACGAGGCCUACAACACCAUCACACGCCUUGGGUACCCACGCGGCCGCGCCGAAACCCAUUACGAUCCGCAACUGGCGGCCGACUGGUGGCGUCUCAACGUGUUCGUUAAGACGUACCGGGAGCGGCGCACCUGGCUGGCGGUGUUCCGUGCCUACUACCGUGUAUAUACGUGGCAUUUGGUGCUGUAUCAUGGCAUGCAGGCGCAGGCUUUCGUCGGGUGGAACUAUCGCAUAAUCAGCAGCUGCAUCAUAACGCACGCCUUUUGCACCGCGCUCGAGCGCUUCGCCAACUGGUACAUGACGCGCAACCCGCCGGAGCCGCUGCAGACCGCCCUGUCCAAGGUGUUCGACAGAAAGGGUAACUUCAAGAUCAGCCGUCGUGCGAAUGCACAAGCUCUGGCCGCGGCGCGCGCCGUCGGUUUCGGCGAGAGCAAGGCGAUCGGCAACGAGAACGCGCGCAUGGUGCCGGUGCGCGUGGUGGAGAUUGAGGGAAGCCCGUACCUCGGCACGCUAGGCCUGGUGGAGUGGGUCCUCCUGGCGUUCUUCAUUCUCGGCUGGUACGUGCUGCAGUUCUACGAGGGCCCCUUCCAGAAGUUCUGCUGGGAUUACUGGAAGCUGCUCAGCGGGUCCUAUGCGGGCGCUUUCAUGCUACAUUUCCUGUUAACCACACGGGACGGCUACACCAUUUCACUGACGCACGCACUGAAUCUGGGUCCCAUCUUCAAGGCCAGCACUUCGCGGCCCGACCCGGUCAACUGGAUCAUGGGCCCUAUGCACAUGAAAUGGAAGCUGUUCUUCCUGGACGCGCUCUUUUGGAUCAUCGCCUUUGCCAUGAAGAUCCCCUUUGACUACUACAUUAUCUGCAAGCCGUCCGUCGAACCGCUAUAUUUAACGUUCAAGGUGCGCUGGCUGGCGUGCAAGAGAGAAGACCCCAGUGAAGACCCCAAAUACUGGGGCGUCAUCCCCUGCAUUGGCGGUGACUGGGUGCUCGCCUUUGUGCGUCUGGCACCCUUCGUCAUCGUAGUGCUGCUGGACACGUCGCUCUUCUAUCAGGUUUCCACGACGCUGUUUGGCUUAUUCCGGGGCCUGUUUAAGCUGGACCUGGGCGUGCUGACUGCGUGGGAGGAGGUGGUGAAGGAAUUUUACAAAGCGCCCUACCGCUGGUGGUUCAAGUGUAUGUCGGAGGUGGGCAACCGCAACCAGCUUACGCUGCUUAAGACGAUGCUCUUCGACAACGCCGCAGACCCGGACACAGGCGCCAUCGUAUCCGAUGGACGCAUGUUCAAGAAGGCUGUGCUGACGCCCGAGGAAAUUAUGGGCACCAAGAAGCGUUCCGUCAACGUAGCGGCUGUGCUCGACGGAGACGACGACGACGACGACAGCGUCGCUGCGGGCGCUGGGCACGGCACCCGCGGCGGAGCUGGCAGCAAACCCACUGGUGGCAAGGAUGCCGCUGGCGGAAAGGGCGCUGCUGCGGGCGGCAAAGCGGCAGAUAACAAGCCGCUCAGCACCGGCUGGAAGACCGCCCUGCAAAAUUUCGGGCUCCGCAGCGAGCAGCAGCAGAAGCCGCAGCCAAAGACCGGCCACAAGGGUGGUCCGCUGCUACCGACCACCACCAACAUGAAGGCUAUGCAGAAACAGCUCAAUCAGAUGCAGCGUCUGCCGGUCAAACUGCCCAUGACCACCAUUACCGAGCGUAUGCUGGCUAAUACGGAGCGCCAGCGUGAGGGGGACGCCAACAAGCCUAAGCUGGCAAGCGUUGCGGAGAAGCUACUCGGCAACAAGCAGGUGGCCACCACGGCAGCGAAACUUAAGGAGAUGUCGCCGGAAGAGAAGCGCAAGGAGGUCAUUGCACGCAUCCAGGCUGCGCAGAAGCUGCGGAAGGAGGGCGGCGCCGCAGCUGCCGGUGGGGCCGGCGGAGGCAGUGACGCGCCGGCGGCGGGACUGCCGGCUGGCGAUUUGCUGGAUGGGCCGAGCGGCGGUGGCGCAGCCGGGUUGCUAGUCAAUGCGCCAUCAUCACCAAAGCGUGCGGGCCCGCAGGUGCGCUGGGGAAGGGCGAUGGCUGCCGCGGCGCGCCGCAGUGACGAGGGUGCCGCUACCGCCAGCAGUGAGCCGCGGCGUGACCUGCUGACGAUGGACGCUGAGGCGCAGGACGAACCCGCCAAGGCACCGGACGGCGAGGAUGCAUUGCGUCCCUUCUCUGCCGGUACAGUGGGGGCAGACAGUCGCAAGGUGCUGCUGCCGAGUAGGGACCGCACAGGCCAUGGUGCCGGCGAUGGCGCCAGCUCCAAUGAUGAGGACGGCGGCGCAGGCGGCGGCAUUGCUGGCGUCAAGGCCGGCGCGUCGCUGCCAAUGCCAGUAGAGGAGGUGGACGAUGAGUUAGAGGGAGUGGACCAGGAUAAGCCCGCUUCGGCAGGCAGCGCAGCCACGCCAGCCACUUUGGAGAGAGCCGCUGUCCUGAACCCCGCCACCACCGCUCCAAACCACAGCCGCGCCUCGACGCCGACGCUCUUUGGCGGCGCCGGACGACUGGGCAGCGGUCUCGGCGGUGCUGCCGACGGCGGGGCAACGCCCGCAGGUGGCGUCACCCCAAGCCUUGCGGGCGUCGGGACCCGCGCGGCGCUGGAAACUUUGCCACCGGCGGCGGCGCCGCCGCCAACGGUGGACCGCGGCGACUCGUUCGGCUUCGGCAUGGCUGGCAGUGGCCGCGCUGACUUGCCGCAGAAUUGGCCCAGCUUGGUGGGCGACGGUCCCACCGGCUCAGCCGGCAGUGCUCGCAUGAGCGCCAGCGGUGUGCCGCCAUCGCAGCCACAGUCUCCGUCUGUGGGAAGGGUGGGCUCCGCGGAGCCUCCCCCUCGGUAUUCAUGGACCGGGGCGCCUUCGGAUGCGGACGCGAUGGCACGAACGUUGUCAUCAAAUCGCCAGGCAGCUGAGGCAGCCCGUGGCACUCUGUCACCAGCAGGAGCUGGCGUCGGAGCCAUGCCGCGCCCGUCUCGGCUUCGCGCCAAGGGCAAGGCAGACGCAGCUGACAUGGGCGACUACCAUCCAGUGGCCUCCCCGCGGCUCGGCUCCGCGGGGACGACAGAUGUAGAGGAUGUGGAUGGUGACCUGGCCGAAUCGUACAGCGGCUAUAACCGCAUGUUUGGUGGACAGGCCACCGGGGCCGCGGCAGCUUCCUCGCCAGCGGCUGCAGAGCGCAGUGGGACGCCAACCAUGCCAAGGCCGGUACGCAUAUCGCCGCGGUCACCGCCGCGGGCUCUUGGAGCCACGGAAAGCGACGCGGGUAGUAAGGGCAGCGGUGUGGGACGUGCUGACAUUCUGCGCAUCGAUUCGUUGGGCCCUGGGGUCGCAAACCCGGUGGAGGAGCAGCCACUUGAGAGCAACCCGGCUGGCAAGCCAGGCAGUGGCGGCUCUAAGCCGGGCAGCGGCGGCUCUAAGCCGGGCAGCGGCGGCAGCCUGGCGGCGGGCCCUGCCAGUGGCGCACUCUUCAGUCCGCCGGGUAGCGGCGGCGGUCGCGUCAGCGGCGCCGGUGGCAGUAUGACCCGCUUCAGUGCCUCCGGCGCCGGCGCGCGACCGGGGCCCGUGGCGGAAUCCGUGGUGGAUCGCAUCACCAGCGGCAUGGAAGCUGCAGCUGGCAGCUGGUUGGAGCUGUCGCAGUCGGGCAUGGGGCCGCUGGCGGCUGGGGCGGACAGACUGCUGGCAUGGCAGGAGGAGGAUGACGUUGACGUCGCGAGUUGGUGGACACGGCGGCUGGAGGCGUCCAAGGCUCGCUCGUAUCGUACACAGACCGGCGCCAAUGAUGAUGAUAAGGAAGUGACAGCGCUGUCCAGCAUGACGGGCUUCAGGUCCGACGGGGACCCGCUCGCGAUGGUGUACGAGUGGCGCGUCCGGGAUGCCAGUUCUGUUACCGCCACCGACAGCGGUGGUGGCGGCAGCGGCGAUGCCGACGGGGACGAACACUCGGGGGAGAUAGCUGCGGCAAUAGGGGAGGCCCGAGAGGACAGCGACGGCGUCGCCGACCACCUCACGCCACGGACCAGUACACGCCGGGCAGCCGAGUUGCGAAUAACGGCGUCAUGCUCGUCGUCUGCCGACGCCACUGCAGGCUGCGGCAGCAGCGGCAGCGGCGGCAGCGGCAGCGGCGGCAGCGGCAGCGAUGGCGGCCUAAGCGCCGCCGAUGACGUGCCGCCGGGCUGGGCGGCGGUGCGCAACGCGGCGCGUCGCGCUGGUCCCGUCGCGGAGGCAACACAGAACGGUGGCGGCGGCGACCGGCUGGGCAGUCCCGACUUGCUAGGGACACCCACGCGGUACCGGCCCCCGCCUCCAGAGCCGGAGGCGGAUGGAGACGCCGACUCAGCGCAGGGGCUAGCCAAGAGCGCUGGGGGCGGUGAAGGCGGCGCCGGUGGCAACGGCGGCAUGGUCGUGCGCUCCGUCAGUGGCACUUCCCUGCACAGCAACUUUUUCAAGGACGCCAAGGACGAUGACACAUCGGAAAGCGUGGCCGCAAUGCCUCCGCAUCCUAAGAGUCGGCUAAAGCUCGACCCGAUCAUGCGAUCAAGUGAAGGCGGCGCCGCGGCCACCGGUAAUACCGAUGGGGAGGGUGGCCCAGGCUCCCUUCUGACCACUAGCAAGAGCGGCCGGCGGCGGUCAGUGAUGUUUAGCGGGCAGGAGGUGGAGGAGGACACGGCCCCCAGCGGCGGUGACCCAGCUGAGAGCUCCAAUGCCGCAUUGGUCGGCUCGGGCUCCAACCGCAUGGCCAUGUCCACUGGCCAGGCUAGGCCCACCACGGCGGGAGGUGAUGGCGAUGGCGGCAUCAUGUCGCGCUGGUUGGCGGGUCUGUCGGGCUGGACCGGGCUAGGGGGAAACAAGGUAGCCCCCGGCGAGGAUGAGGAGGCCGCCGACGAGGAGGCGGCGGUGCGCGCCGCCAGGCAGCUGCAAGGUGGCGGAGGCGAUGACGCCCCAGCCGGCGGGCAAGGAUCCAAGGCCGGCAGCGGCCAGGGCAGCAACAAGCCGGAGCGUGGUCGCUCCUUCCGUGCAUCUUUCCGUGCUGCCGGGCCAUCGUUCCGAGCCGGUGUUGCGUCGUUCCGGGCCGGCGUCGCGUCAUUCCGCGCCGGCGUGGUCGGCGGCGGAGGUGGCGGCGCGAGACCGAUGACUGCCGGCCAGGGUCGGCCGACGAGCUCACUGCCGCGCAGCACACAGGCGCGGUCGCAGCUCAUGGCCCAGGUGCUGCAGCCGGGCAACGGAUUGCGCCCUACCACAGCUUUGCGACCCACUACCGCAAUUCGACCCACAACGGCACGGCCUGUGACGGCGUUGUUAGGCCACGAUCCUGUAAAAGAGGCCAAGCGUAAGGAGAAGAAGGAACGCGAGCAGGCCAUCGAGCGCGCCGCAGGCAACCUGGCCCGCUCCAACUCGCUGGUCAUCAUCGAUGGCGCCGAUCCUGAUGAGGACGAGGAAAUCGACGAGGUGCACGCACAGAUGAUGAUGUGGAACGCCUUUGCGUUCGCGUGGGACGAGAUCAUUGACGACCUGCGUCAUGUAGACUACGUCAAUGACAAGGAGGUCUCCAUGCUCAAGUUCGUGCGGUUGGACAUGGGCAGUCGCGGCCACGGCCUGCGGCCCAUCCUGUUGCCCACCUUCUUCUACGCGGGCCAGGUCCGCAAGGUGGUCGACACCGGCCAGGUGUCCACGGCGCAGAUUAUGGUUCUCAACGAGCUGCGUGUGCUGGUUGUGUGGCUAGGGUGCCAGGUGGGCCUGCUAUCGGGCAAGCACGCGCACGUAAUUACUUCGGCGCCUUUUGUGCGCGGCAAUAUUAACGUGAAGCAUGCGCUGCUGCGCAAGAAGAUGCUUACACACGGCCUCAAGCUGGUGGAUCAACUGGAACAGAUCUGCGAGCGUCGCGAGGUGCCCUUUGACAUGAAGGACAUUGCGGACAACCUGUACCAGCUCUGGGUGUCACUGGAAGGCGAGUGCUUUGCGAUUCACAAGGCCGCGGAGCGCAAGCAUGCAACCUCGGAAGACGUGGAGCUGGCGUCCAUCUUGUUCGAGGUGGUGUCCGACAUGAAGCAGGUCAUCUCAGGUGACCCAGAGGGCCUCAAGUCCGUCAUGAAGGCAGCGUUGCUGAACAAUGCGACCGCUGACUACCGGGAGCUGCUGCGUGUCAUUCGGGUGAUAAAGCGCAUGCUGGUGACCACGGAGGCGGAGGCCACGCCCCAAUUGGAGGAGGCGCAGCGCGUCCUGGGCUUCUUCAUCAACUCGCUGGGCCAUCCCUCCCUGGACAAGCCGCCUUCCAUUGACAAGAUGUGGAGCUGGUCCAUCAUGACGCCGCUGUACGAGGAGGACGUGCUAUAUGCACUGGACGCAAAGGCGCUGGCCAAGGAGCUGGGCCUGAAGGGCAAGAAGAUGACUGACCUGCUGUCGGAGACGGACGACUCGAUCAGCCUCAUGAGCUACCUCAAGGCCAUGUUCCCCUACGAGUGGUCCAACUUUAAGGAGCGUAUCAAGUCGUUGAAUCCGGACGUGAACCUUAUGGACCUGUCAGAGCAUGACUUCGCACCCGGCUGCGAGUUGCACGACUUCAAGUUAGAGCUGCAGAUGUGGGCGUCAUUGCGCGGCCAGCUGCUGGCGCGCACGGUGCACGGCAUGAUGCUGAACGAGGUGUCGCUGCGGGUGCUGGCGAAGCUGGAGCAUCCCAUGCCGCCUAACAUGACGGAAGUGGAGUACAAGCGCUACAUCGACCAGUUGGUCAACUGCAAGUUUGAGUACGUGGUGACACCGCAGACGUACGGCAAGAACCGCGUUUCUAAGGACCUGCGGUUGCGUUGGCUGGCGUCGUCCAUUGACAUCCUCAUGCAGAAGUACCCGCGGCUGAAGGUGGCCUUCUUGGACCACGCCGAGACGGACAACGGCCCAACACAGUUUUCCGUCAUGGCGCGUGGCCGCGACCUGAACGAUGUCGCGCAACUGUCCGCGCUGACCUCUAUGGGCAUCCAGGAGGACGAGAACGGCGUCAUUGAGUGGUACCGAGUUCGGCUGCCGCUUAACAAGUACAGCGGCCGCGGUGUCAUCGUCGGUGAGGGCAAGCCUGAGAAUCAGAACCACGCCGUCAUCUUUGCGUUCGGGGAGGGCCUCCAGGCCAUUGAUAUGAACCAAGAUAACGUGUUGGCGGAGACACUCAAGAGCCGCAACCUAGUUCAGGAGCUGCUGCCCUCCACCAAGGGUGCCUUCCGCCUGUUUGCAGACGACGAUGAGCAGGUGCAAAUCACGAGGAAGACCAUCGCAGCGGAGUUACUCUUCGUCAUGCGCAUGCGUCAGGCGGCCUGCACCUUCACGGCGCUGGUGGGCUUCCGCGAGUGGAUUUUCAGCGACAAGGCCGGUGCGCUGGGUCGCUUUGCGGCCGCCACCGAGUACGCGUUUGGCACCAUUACGCAGCGCACACUCACUCACCCCGCGCGCAUCCGCUUACACUACGGCCACCCUGACAUCUUCAACAAGAUGUUCACAAUGACGAGGGGUGGCAUCAGUAAGGCCACCCGACAGCUGCACCUUACGGAGGAUGUGUUCUGCGGCUGCAACCACACGCUGCGUGGGGGCCGCAUUCGCUACAAGGAGUACGUCAGCUGCGGGAAGGGCCGCGAUAUGGGUUUCGACUCCAUCAACGGCUUCAACUUCAAGAUCGCCGGUGGUGGCGGCGAAUGGGCCAUCAGUCGGGAGUCCUGCCGCCUGGGGGCGCGACUGGACUUUUUCCGGUUGCUCAUGUUCUAUCACUCUUGCAUCGGCUUCUACAUUAACUCCUGGCUGACUACGCAGGGCGCCUUCUGGAACAUCUACGCGCUGCUGGUUUUCAACAUGGCCAAGGCCUCCCACAUGAGCGACAUGCUGCAGAGGAUUUACAACGUGCAGCAGGUCCUGCAGCUGGGUACCCUGGCCAUGAUCCCGUACAUCGGACAGCUCGUUUUGGAGAUGGGCGUGGUCAAGGCCAUAGUGACUGUGUUCCAGCAAAUCCUCACCGGCUCGCUGUUCUUCUACAUGUUCCAGCAGCAAACCGUCGCGUCGUCCUUUAUUGCGGAUAUGAUGUACGGCAGCGCCAAGUAUGUGGGCACGGGUCGUGGCUUCAACAUCACCGCGUUGGACUUCGUCAAGAUUUUCACGCUGUACGCUCGCUCGCACCUGUACUACGCGUUCGAGUUGAUGUCUAUGCUCAUCGCCAUGUACGUGGUGCGUGGCUGUGAGGUGUGCAACUACGGCUCCUUGACCUGGUCCGGAUGGCUGCUGGCGUUCGUGCUCAUCUUCGCGCCGCUGUGGUUUAACCCCUUCUCCUUCGACCUUGCUAAGGUCAAGGUGAACUACCUGGCCUGGCAGCGCUGGAUGCAUGGCGACGUGGACUCGAACACAGGCUCCAACUGGUACACUUGGAAUAGCGGCAUGCUGGAGAAGAUGCGCAACGACAACGGCAACAACACAGACAACUGGGUCAACAUCGCGUUCACAUUUGUGGGCUGUCUGCCGUACAUCCUCCUGACCGUAUGCGCUGCAUCUCGACUGGACAUCAGGCUCAAGGUCGCUGUCUCACAUCCUGGGAAACCUGUUUCCGUGCUUGGGAACCAGAUCUUGGUGUUCUUGAUCGCCACUGUGUGCAUCUGGAUCUUCGUCCACGUGACCAUUCAGAUCAAGACGUACUUCACCGAGCUGGCGGACCACAAGCCCUACCGCAUCUACCGCUACAUUAUGACCAUCCUCUUGUUCGUGUUCCUGGUGCUGUGGCUGGCGGUGGUGUCGCGCGCGUACCAUGGCAACGGCCUCGCCACGCUCUGCAUUAUCCUCUACGCCAACUUCCAGCUGCUGAUUGCCUACCACAAGUUCGUGACCGUGGCCUGCAGUCAGAACAAUUCAAUGCGUGCCUUCGUGGACUCCUUCUACUACACCGUGGACCAGAUUAUUGGCUACACGCUGUUCGUAUGCAUCGCCUUCCUGUCAUUCCUGGGAGUAGUGGGUGCGCUGCAGAUGAAGAUCCUCUUCAACGACGCGUUCGCGCAGACCGCAGGCCACGCGCGCAUUGCGCGCGCCAUGAAGGACAACAAGGUAGGCUUCGACAUGCGCGGCAAGCCCGGCGGGAAACCCGGCGGCAAGCCCGGCGGUGCUGCGUCAGCCCCCGGCCUGCAGCCGCGCUCGUUAGUGACCUCAGAGCACAAGUACCUGUAG